GAUCAAAUCGAAUACCUCACUCGUUCAAAUCCAAUGGCAUCACUUGUCUCUCUAAGUCUCCUCUUUCUCUUCCUCAUCGCCCACUCCUCGUGUAGCAUCAUCCACGACGCUUGCAAAGCCUCACGUGACCCUCCCGCUUGCGUGGAUUGGCUCACCCGCUUCGGUCACGUGUCCUCCAACGCCACUGCGCUGCAGCUCAUCCAAUCAUCGCUCCAGCUCAUCUCCAGCGAUCUCAAAAAGGGCCGUGUUUUGGUCCAAGACAUCCUCAAAUCCUCCGCCGGAGACCCCAACCGCACCGCCGCCGCCCAAGGCUGCCUUGAAGAUGUCAUUUCCUACGCGUACCGGGCCGAUCUCGUCGCCGGGGCUCUGCGCCGCCGCCAGAACAAGGAGGCGCGCGCAUGGAUGAGCUGUACCCUGGGGUACAAGUACGACUGCUGGUCCGCGCUCCUUAACAACGCGUCGAAAGUGGAUAAAACGAUGUCGGUUUUCAAUUCUACUUUGAUUGGUGGCGGCAGCGCCACUCUGGCGAUGCUGGUCAACUACGACUUGUAUGGUGAGAAAACCGGUUCUUGGGGACCGGUCCGGACCGAGCGAGAUGGGUUCUGGGAACCGGUUUCCCGGUCUAAAUCAUUUUCGGGCGGAGGCGUGCCGCGUGGGUUGAAGGCUGAUGUGGUGGUGUGCAAGGGCGGAGGCGGGUGCGAUUACGACUCAGUGCAGAAGGCAGUCGACAAGGCGCCUUCCGGUUCGGAUAAGCGGUUCGUGAUAUGGAUAAAAGCCGGGGUUUAUGAGGAGACGGUUGUGGUGGGAUUGGAUAAGAAGAAUGUGGUUUUCUUGGGGGAUGGGAUGGGCAAAACGGUCAUUACCGGGUCAAAGAAUGCUGGCCUGCCUUGGGUGGGUACAUACCGGUCCGCCACUGUUGGAGUUAAUGGAGAUGGAUUCAUGGCAAGUAACAUAAGCUUCCAAAACACAGCAGGCCCCGAAACUCACCAAGCUGUGGCAUUCCGAUCCAACAGCGACCGCUCCAUCAUCGAAAACUGCGAAUUCCUCGGCAAUCAAGACACUCUCUACCCACACAGCAUGCGCCAGUACUACAAAUCAUGCCGCAUCCAGGGGAACAUCGACUUCAUAUUCGGCAACGCUGCAGCAGUCUUUGAGGGCUGCCACAUCCUCGUUUCUCCUCGGCAACAAAACCCCGAGCAAGGCGAGAAAAACGCCAUCACUGCCCAUGGGAGGACGGACCCUGCCCAGUCAACAGGGUUCGUCUUCCAAAAUUGCGUGGUCAACGGAACAGAUGCCUACAUGUCUCUGUUCCGCCAAAAUCCGAAGGUGCACACUAAUUUCUUGGGGAGGCCGUGGAAGGCCUACUCGAGGACUGUUUUUAUCUCGUGUAAUUUGGAUGCUAUUGUUACAUCAGAUGGAUGGAUGCCGUGGGACGGUGAUUCUGGGUUGAAGACUUUGUACUAUGGAGAGUACAAGAAUGUCGGUGGCGGAUCGGCCACGUCGGGAAGAGUCCGGUGGAGUAGCCAGAUUCCGGCGGAGCAUGUUGCGUCUUAUUCUGUCGCAAAUUUCAUUCAGGGAGAUCAGUGGAUUCAUGGCAUCUAACGUGUUGAUGGGCCACUGCCGAUGUUGGGUAGUUUUGCUUGGAAUGAAAUUUGUUUUUAUAUAUGUUUGCCAUUAAAAAAUUAAUUGAAAGUGUCAUUCAUUGAAUAAA